AUGUCUUUCGUUCCCAUAGUUUGCGGGAAAAAGGACUGGGACAAACAAUAUGACCAGUCCACCCAGUACGGUUCACUUUACUGUCCCAACUGUCACAACUUCAAUGUGCACCCCGUCAAAAGAAGAGAAUUCAUAGCCAUUUGGUUCAUUCCGGUCUUUCCCAUUUUUAUGGGUAAGCAGCUUGUCUGCCCCACCUGCAAUUGGCGCCAGGAUUUCAAAAACGAUGAGCAGCUGCAAAAAGUCGUGCGUGAGCAGCAGAAUAUACGACAAGGUAAAACGGGCGGUUGA